AUGAGGUAUUUAAAUGUCCAGUCUCCUACCAACUCUAAGCAAGAGAAGUUCUCACUGCUCUCUACCCUGCCCUCUGAAAUGGAGAACAGAAGGUCCUCAGAUCAUGUUGUUCUCUUCAUUGACCAACACAACACUGAAAAUAGCCAGAGUUCUGAACCUUAUGAGAAGCCCAAACACCCUUUAAGAGUCAAAACUCUUAAACGUCUCAGCUUCUCCAAACCCAAAUCCCGAAUCCUAGAAUAUAACUAUCCACCCCGCAACAAACUAACAACCUCUGAAGAUAGUGACAUUCAACCUUCAUAUAAGAUCUCUUCCGUGGUCGAAGAUGACGAUAACGACGACGACGACGAUGAUGACAAGUGGGAAUUCGAUGAAGAAGAAGAGCUUGAGGAGGAUGGUGAAGAGCAUAAUCUAAAGUUACAGAAAAAGAGAAAGUUUAAGGUGAAGUGGAGGCAUGUUGUGGAGUGGGUUUUGUUUCUCAACAUAUUAACUUGCUUGGUGUGUUCUCUAUCAAUAACUUCCAUAAAAAAUAUUCAUGUGUGGGGUUUGGAGAUUUGGAAGUGGUGUUUGAUGGCAAUGGUAACAUUCAGUGGCCGUCUGGUUUCAGGGUGGUUAGUUGGUGUAACUGUUUUCUUUUUAGAGAGAAACUUCAUGCUGAGAGAAAAGGUUUUAUACUUCAUUUAUGGACUCAGGAAGAGCAUAAGAAACUGUUUAUGGUUAAGCCUCGUUUUGCUCUCUUAUUGGAGUGUGGUAUUCGAUGAUGUCCAGAAGAAAAACCACAAGUUCCUCAAUAAGGUGUUUCAAGCAUUAGUUGCUUUCUUAGUUGGUGCUAUCAUUUGGCUAGUGAAGAUUGUUUUGGUGAAAAUGCUUGCCUCUUCGUUUCAUGUAACAACAUACUUUGAUAGAAUGAAAGAGAGCGUUUUUCAUCACUAUAUAUUGGACACAUUGUCAAGUCCACCAAUGGAAGAUGCUGAAGAGAUAUUGAAGCAGCAUAAUCUAAAAGGAUCAAAGUCCAUGCCAGCUAGAUGGAAGGAUGCAAGGAAUUUUUACAAGUCAAAGAGAUUUGGGUCAAGGAAGAUUGAUAUGGAGAAGCUGAGAGAACUUAGCAUGGAAAGCACAGCAUCUAUAUGGAGUGUGAAAAAGCUUGUUAACUAUGUUAUGUGCUCAGGUUUGUCCACUAUUUCAAGGACUGUCGAUGAUUUUGGUAACGCUGAGUCUGAGAUUAGUAGUGAGUGGGAAGCUAGAAAUUGUGCCCAAAGGAUAUUCAAGAACGUUGCCAAACCUGGUGCCAAGUAUAUUGAAGAGGAGGAUCUCAUGAGAUUUUUGAAGAGGGUUGAGAUACAUACCAUAUUCCCACUCUUUGAAGGUGCUCUUGAAACUGGAAAGAUCGGCAGAUCUUCAUUUAGAAAUUGGGUGAUUCGAGCCUAUUAUGAACGAAAAGCUCUAGCACAAUCACUCAAUGAUACAAAAACAGCAGUGCAGCAGCUUCACAAAAUAGCAAGCGCAGUUGUAAGUGUGAUAAUAAUAAUUGUGAUGCUUUUGCUGAUGGGGGUGGCUACGCUCAAGAUAAUAUUAUUCUGUAUUACACAAAUAGUCUUAAUAGGGGUGGCCUUCCAAGGUACUUGCAAAACAGUCUUGGAAGCCAUAAUCUUUGUCUUCGUCAUGCACCCUUUUGAUAUUGGAGACCGUUGCGUCAUUGAUGGUGUUCAGAUGAUAGUGGAAGAGAUGAAUAUCUUGACAACAGUGUUUCUUCGAUAUGACAAUGAAAAAAUAUACUACCCUAACGCGGUUUUGCUCUCUAAGCCAAUAAGUAAUUUCUAUAGGAGUCCAGAGAUGUGGGAUUCAAUUAAUUUCACUAUUGAUAUCUCAACUCCCAUGGAGACUAUCGUCGCACUCAAGAAAUCAAUACAAAUGUACAUUGAGAGCAAGCCAAAGUAUUGGAAUCCAAAGCACACUGUGAUAGCGAAAGAAAUAGAUAAUGUGGACAAGUUGAAGCUGUGCUUAAGUGUGCAACACACCAUCAACCAUCAGAACUACAGUGAGCGAAACUUUAGGAUAACGGAGCUGCUCUUGGAAUUGAAAAAGAUCUUUGAGAUUCAUGGUGUCAAGUAUCAUCUACUUCCUCAGGAGAUCCACCUUACCAAGAUGAACAUUGAAAAUGGGAGAGUUCUGUUUCAAUCAUGAAACAAACUAUUUCCAUCUAUUUUCAUUUCUCAGAAAGAAUUACCACAAUAAUCACUUAAUGAAAAACUUUCAAAUUAUCUUCCUUUCAAACUUGAAUUGGCAUUAUGGAGUUGAUUUAGCGUGGUAUGUACGUUGUUAUUUU